AUGGCGUUCCAACCUGUGCUGUACAAAAACGAUGAUCUCGUCAGGCGGAAGCUCAACCCCGAGCCUCGGGCUCUCAGAUGGACCCUCCGGCAGGAAUGCAUCGAACAAGUGAAACUCAAUCUACUGCUGUGGGCCAGGACCGAAGGCCGAAGCGAACCUCCACCGUACCAACUCAACGUGUGUCCAUCGACUCUCCUCCAAGAAGUUCUCCACUCGGUCCUCAACGACGAGAGCAGCUCCGAACCGCUGAAACGCGUAGCCGAGCAACUGCUCGCGAAUGAUCUCGAAGAGUUCGACUUCCGGUGCAUCGACGAUUUGACAUAUUGUGAGAUCGGGGCGAUUUUCGAAUUGGUAAAGGCGCACGGUGUGAACUUCAAACGACUACGACUAGUCGGCAGCUGGAUACACCAUCCCGAAGCGCCGUCGAUGAUCCGACAAAUCGUCAAGAGCUGCCCCAACCUGGAGCAGUGCGCUCUCCAGGAAGCCUAUCACGAGGAUCUGGUGUGCGUUGCGCGACACUGCGCAAAACUCCGCCAAUUGGAAAUUCUCCAUCCGUCGAUAACCUGCGGGGACGUUGCCAAGGUUCAGGCUCUAGCCCGGAGGGAAAAAUUCGCCAUGAGAAAAACGCUCAAGCGCCUCUCGGUACCGUCGUCGCUGAGCGGAAGUGCUCUCCUGAUGUUGUUGGAGAUUUUUCCUGAGGUCGACGACGUAACCUGCAUCGACCUCGAAGGGCUCAUGCAGGCCAUGGCCGAGUCCGAGCCCUCGGCGGUUGCCCGAUGUGCCAAAAUUCGAUCGCUCCGAGUCAACAAAGUGAUGGGAUGGAACAGCAUGGAGAACUUAGUGCUGACUUUCCCCAGACUCCAGAGUAUCUCGCUCAUAACUCAAGAGAUCAUGAACUUGCAACAACUUUCGAAUUUGCCUCACUUGACCUGCUUGCGGCUCGAGAACAGUCAUGUGAUCCCCUCGUCGUACACCGACGAUAUCUUACCUCUGCUGGGGGCCAUCGGUCCAAACCUCAAGCAUCUCAGUCUCGUUCAUUUCGACGUGAUCGAACUGCCGAAAACGCAUUCCUUCUGCCCGAAUCUGGUCUCCCUGGAUCUCCAGCAUUUCACGUUAUUGGGCUGUAACUCCGACCCGAUACAUCGGCUUCAAUACGGGAGAGAGAAACCCUUUGCCGGACUGCGCUUCCUCACAAUGCGGCCUCGACAGGGAAAGUUCAUAUCUCAAGAAGCUUGCCACAUGCUCCUGAAACACUGCAGAGGUCUCCGGAGCGUCGAACUGCACGAAGCCUACGGCAUGACUGACGCCCUGGCCAGUAUUCUCUCCGAUCACAAUGGAUUUUCGGAGUUGCAACGAAUCCGACUUCGUGGAGGACACUGCCUAAGCCGGAACGGAGUUGAAACCCUUCUGCGCAGAUCCACAGAGCUCCGUUACUGCCACAUACCUUAA